AUGCAUCUUUUCCCGCUUUCUCGUAUACUCGCAGUCCUGGUAGCUGUCGCUGUCAGCAGUGCUAUUAACCCAGACAUCGAUGCUGCCCAUAAUGCAAACCCCAAGCGGUGUGCCUGGAACUGGGAAGUGUACAGGCAAUUCCAUGGCCUACGCUACAAGUUCAUUUGCAUUGGGGAACUCCCGGCAUUACCGGGGUGGAUGAAGCGAAGCUUCAAGAUCUGUCGUGAUGUGUGUGGUAUUUGUGGCAGUCUAAAUAAGAUGCAAGUCUCGGUAUGGACGGUCAAAAGUGUUUCUUCACGAACCCAAGAGUCAGCGACCUCCCCUAGCCUCUGGUGGUUCCAUCAAACAGCACCUUAUCUUGUAAUGGAAGUUUUGUCAGGCCGAAUAACAGAAUCCCAUGUAGCACUGGAUAAGUUUACCCAUCAUUAUGCACGUUCCCCGUAA